CCAAGACUGGAGAGACGUUUAAAGGAGGAGCCGAAUCACCACGGGAGUCCGGCCUCUUGCUGUUGGAUAACUCCCACCCUUCGGCACGGCCUGAGGAGGAGAAGCGGCGACGCGGAAAAGCAGGCAUGGAGAGUAGAAAACUGAUUUCUGCUACAGACAUUCAAUACUCUGGCAGUCUGCUGAACUCCUUGAAUGAGCAACGUGGCCAUGGACUCUUCUGUGAUGUUACCGUUAUUGUGGAAGACCGAAAAUUCCGGGCCCACAGGAAUAUUCUUUCUGCUUCUAGUACUUAUUUCCAUCAGCUCUUCUCAGUUGCUGGGCAAGUUGUUGAACUAAGCUUUCUAAGAGCAGAGAUCUUUGCAGAAAUUCUCAAUUAUAUCUAUAGUUCUAAAAUUGUUCGAGUUAGAUCAGAUUUACUUGACGAGUUAAUAAAAUCAGGGCAGUUGUUAGGAGUAAAGUUUAUAGCAGAGCUUGGUGUCCCGUUGUCACAGGUUAAAAGCACCUCACAUACAGCUCAGGAUGGUAAUUCAGAAACCUUACCUUCUGGUUCUAGUGACAGGAACCUUGAAGUACAAAAAUCAAAAGACAAAACGCAAGAUAAUGGGGCAACUAUAAUGCCUAUUAUAACAGAGUCUUUUUCCUUAUCUGCUGAAGAUUAUGAGACAAAAAAGAUUAUUGUUACUGAUUCAGAUGAUGAUGAUGAUGUUAUUUUCUGCUCUGAGAUUCUGCCUGCAAAGAAGACUUUGCCAAGGACCAGUGCAGUGGCACAGGCCCCGCCUAACUCAGGCUCUGUUGCUAUUUCAGAUGUUGCACCUUGUGCUAGCAAUAACUCCCCUGCUUUAACAAAUAACACACCUCCGCAGAAACUUCCUACUCCUGUGAACCAGGCAACUCUGAGCCAAACACAAGGAAGUGAAAAAGUGCUGGUAUCUUCUACCCAGACACAUCUGACUCCUAACAUCAUUUUGUUAAAUCAGGCACCACAUACUACGCCACCAAAUGUCAGUCCUUCACUUCCAAAUCAUAUGCCUCCUUCAAUCAAUUUACUUGUGCAGAAUCAGCAGACACCAAACAGUACUGUUUUGAAAGGAAACAAGGCCAAUGACAACGAGGAGGAGGAAAUUAUAGAUGACGACGACACUAUUAGCUCCAGUCCAGAUUCGGCUGUCAGUAAUACAUCUUUGGUCCUACAGGCUGAUACUCCCAAAAAUGCCACUUUUGAUGGAUCACUGGUACAGAAGAUGCAGAUCUCUACACUUCUGCAAGAGCCACUUUCCAAUUCUUUAAAAGUUUCAGAUAUAAUUACUAGAAACACUAAUGAUCCAGGUUUAGACUCAAGACAUCUAAUGGAGGGUCAGAAGAUCAUUACUUUAGAUACAGCUACUGAAAUUGAAGGCUUAUCAGCUGUUGGCAAGGUUUAUGCAAAUAUUGGUGAAAAUAUUUAUGACAUAGUGAUCCCUGUCAAAGAUGACCCUGAUGAAGGGGAGGCCAGACUUGAGAAUGAGAUACCAAAAACAAUUAGCAGUGAGCCGGCCAACAAACGUAUGAAAGUAAAAUAUGAUGAUCACUAUGAGUUAAUAGUAGAUGGAAGGGUCUAUUAUAUCUGUAUUGUGUGCAAAAGGUCAUAUGCCUGUCUGACAAGCUUCCGGAGACAUUUUAACAUUCAUUCUUGGAAAAAGAAGUAUCCUUGCCGUUACUGUGAGAAGGUAUUUCCUCUUGCAGAAUAUCGCACAAAGCAUGAAAUUCAUCACACAGGGGAGCGAAGAUAUCAAUGUUUGGUUUGUGGCAAAUCUUUCAUCAACUAUCAAUUUACGUCUUCACACAUAAAGUCAGUUCAUAGUCAAGUUCCUUCUGGAGACUCAAAGCUUUAUCAUUUACAUCCAUGCAGGUCUUUACAGAUCAGACAAUAUGCAUACCUCCCUGAUAGGUCAGACACUGUGCCUAUAAUGAAGGAUGAUGGAAUUGGGUAUAAGGUUGAUGCUGGGAAAAAACCUCCCAUAGGGACCACAUCCACUCCUCAGAACAAGCCAAUGACCUGGGAAGAUAUUUUUAUUCAGCAGGAAAAUUAUUCAAUUUUUAAACAGAAUGUAACAGAUGGCAGUACUGAGUUUGAAUUUAUAAUACCAGAAUCUUAUUGAACUCUUUUGAAAUAUCAAAGUUUUGGUUUGGAUUAAGGGGCAGGGCUUUCAGAAGACCUAUAAAACAAAUUAAGAAAUUUUAUGUGACAUGUCAUCUGAAGGUAGUUUAGCUGGAUUAUUUGUUGAUAAUUUUUAGAAGCAAAUUAUUCUGAAAGUUUGUAGAGAUUGAGAAGUCCCACCCCCAAGUAUCUGUUUAUAUAGUUAGCUAUCAGCUCAUUUAAAAGGGGCAAAAAAAGCUUGGAGAGAUAGUUUCCAGAACAGAAUUUGAAGCAGUCUGAAUGUUUUUUUAAAAUAACUGGAGUUAUUAGCAUACCCUAGUAUACCCUAAACAUUCCCCUUCUAUGUUAGCACUUUACUGCUCAAUUCUCAAUUUUCUUAAUAUUGAGACUAUAAAUGUGUGUUGUGUUUGUAUAUGGCAUAAAAAAUUAAACAAGAACUUCUGAAGUUGUUCUGGAAAUUUUUGAAACAAGGUUCUGCGUGGUUGUGUGUUCUGCUAGUCCAAAUGGAUAGCAACCUCCUGCCUCCUUCCAUGAAAAUGGCCAUGCAGUGAAGUCUCAUCUGAAGAAUUAGUUUUAGCUCAUUAGAUUUAAAUCUUGCUUUUAUUGCCAUAGUGUGGAAAAGACUUUGGUGGCUGGGACUAGUGUAUAUACCUUUGCUAUGUGGUCUCUGUGGUAAAAAAAAAAAAAAUACUAAUCUCUGUAAUGCAGACAGGAGAUGAAAAGUUCUGUUGCAUUAUUUUUUGAAUUUUUGCUCUUACAUGUUAGAGGCAGAGUGGAAGUGAUUGGAUAUUGUCUUUUUGUUCAUUAUGAUUAAAAAUAGUCCCAUGAAAAUUUUCAAAUUUUGAAUCUGUAAGCCACCAAAAUAAAUCUUUAAUUCUGUAUGAAUCUUUAUACAGAUAGGUUCCAGAAAUGAGACUCCUACAUAUUUUGGGUAGGAGGCUACUGGCAUAUAUUUUUCAAUGUUCAUAUUACUUAGAAUCUCUAAUAGGAAGUUUUCAUUUGAAAUAGCUGAAUCAGUGAUCUAGUACUUAUCAGCAGGACCUUUUACGUUUUUACCCUUUCGAAAAUAAGUUCCAUUCCAUCUGCAAAUUGCUGCAAUGUUAUAGCAAUCAGAAACUAUAAAUGGAAUGUAAUAUAGGCUUGUUGAUCCCCAUUUAUCUUGAGACCAGUAAAUACCACCUUUUUUCCUUUUUAAAUGACACAUUUUUAAACAUUUAGAAAAUAAAGUCAAAACUUAUUGAAGUGCUAGAACUAAAAAGAAGCAGGUUGGAAAAUAUAGCCUAGCAUUUAUAACAAGAUUAACUUGUUGAACUUCUUCUGUAAAUGACUUUGCAAAGAAAAAAUUUUGAUACUAAAGAAGAUUGUUGUGCAUAGUUAUUAGUCAUGUGUAACUUUGCUUAAGUAUUUCUUAAUUCAACAUAGAUAUUUUCUUUCUCCUUAACAAUGUAUUUUUAAAAAUAGUCUAUUUCUUGACUUCAAACUUAAAUAAAGCUUUAA